ACCGGCCACGGCUUGAGGAAAAUCUCGUUUUUCUAUAUUUUGCCUUCCCAAAGCAAGAUGUGUUACUGGGGGUGUGUUGUAUGUGAGGAAACGUGAUACUCGCUCCAGCAUUAUAAACCAAGGAGCUCCAAGUACUUGUGUGUGGUACAAUGAUGGGCACUAGUAAACAGCCUAAGAUCACAAUGCCUGUAUCUAGAAUUAGAAUUAAACUCAUCAAAGCAUACCUUGAAAUUACCAAGCACAGAUUUAAAGUAAAAUCAGGUUGAUGCUUUUCAUUCAGCAAGACAGGAAGGUCAAACCCAGCAGCGAAAUAUCUGCCAAGUUUCCACAUUCUUAAUAAGGAUUUCUCUGGAACGAAGCUUGCAUCAAACAGAUCCAGGUGGCUUCUAGUCUGCAAGUGUGUUGCGUCGAACCGCGUUCCAACUGAAUUGUAAUGGUUGUGGGUGUGAAAUGAUAUGCAUGGCCAUUCUUCUUUUUUGUGAAGAGUUGCAUUUGGAACCAAAGCAAAAUGGCUCGAGGACGCAAGAGCAAUAGCAUCAAUCAGAGUGACUUCACUAACAGCACCAAUCCGCAGGAUUUAGAGAGAAGACUUUUUGUCGGCAAUUUGCCUACAGACCACAUGACCCGGGAAGAAAUGGAAGAGAUAUUUUCAAAAUAUGGCAAAAUCAGGGCCCUCAGCAUGUUCCAUGGCUAUGGGUUCGUGCAGUAUGACCGUCUAGAAGACGUCCAGGCCGCUCUGGACGGUGAGAAGGGCCGCCUUUUUAAAGGGUAUAGAUUAGAUAUUAAUAAAGCAGCGGAAAGAAGAAAUAUGAAUAAGGCUUCAUCAAGGUCCAGCCCAGGACGAAGGGAGCCAUAUGUGUAUGGAGAUGGCCGGGAUGGAAGACGCGAUCGGUCCCCUCUUCGAGGGAGCCCCCGAAGAGAGCCAAGGGAUAGCAGGGAUGGUAGAAACGGCCGAGAUUCCAGGGAUGCGCGCGAGAUUCGUGGGCGAGACAUGCGUGACUCCAGAGAUGCCAGAGACCACAGAGACCCCCGGGACAUGAGGGACCCUCGCGACUUCCGGGACAUGAGGGACCCUCGCGACUUCCGGGACCCCCGAGAUGUGAGGGACCCUCGCGAAUUCCGGGACCCCCGAGAUGUGAGGGACCCUCGCGACUUCCGGGACCCUAUGUAUGAUCGCUACCGAGAUGUGCGGGAGCCCCGGGAACCCGUGUACAGGAGAGAGGAAUCGUAUGACCGCUACACUCGCAUGGAAGACUACUACCGGAAGAAGGAUGACUCUUGCUAUGACCGUUACAGAGACGACUUUGACAGACCCCCCUUGAGUUCAGAAGAGCGACUGAAACGUGAGGAGCGCCGCAGGGAGGAGCUGUACCGCCAGUAUUACGAGGAAAUCAAGCGGCGCUUUGAAGCAGAGAGGCCUGUGGACUGUUCUGUCAUAGUGGUCAAUAAGCAGACAAAGGAGUAUGCGGAGUCAGUAGGACGGAAGGUGCGGGACCUGGGCAUGGUGGUGGACCUGAUUUUCCUCAACACUGAGAUGUCUCUGUCUCAAGCCCUGGAGGACGUGAGCCGAGGCGGCUCUCCCUUCGCCAUUGUCAUCACCCAGCAGCACCAAGUUCACCGCUCCUGCACUGUCAACAUCAUGUUUGGCACACCCCAAGAACACCGCAACAUGCCCCAAGCUGAUGCCAUGGUGCUGGUGGCAAGGAACUACGAGCGCUACAAGACAGAGUCACGGGAGAAGGAGCGUGAAGAAAUAGCCCGGCAGGCUGCCAAGAUGGCGGACGAGGCGAUUCUGCAGGAGCGUGAGCGGCCACCUCCCGUGGAGGAGGGGGCACGAGGGGGGCACCCCCCUGGGAUCCAGGUGCUCCUGAACCUGCUGGCAGACAACCGCUACCUGACUGCCGAAGAGACCGACAAGGUCAUCAAUUACCUGCGAGACCGGAAGGAGAGGCUGCUCCGGGGGAGCUCUGACCCUUUGCAGGCUCCUCUGUCAAGACAGUCCCUUGGGGCCCCUUCGGGAUCCUCUCUGGCUGGCCAGUCCAGCCACCCCAGCUCCCAAGCCCAUCAGAGCACCCCAGCCCUUGCUUCUGCCAGCUCUGCUCCAGCGUCCUCUGCGAACCCCCAGCAGGAGCUGCAGGCAAAGAUCCUCAGUCUCUUCAAUAGUGGGGCGGCAGCAGCAGCCGCAGCAGCAGUGGUCAAUAGCAGCUCUGUGGUGCCCCCGGCGGCCUCGGGCGGUCCUCAGAACCCGAACUUAAACCAGUCCCAGCAGAGAAUGCAGACCCCGGGCAGCCAGCUCCCUUCGCUCGCCGCUGCUGCCAGGAAUGCAGGCCCGCGGCCUGGAGCGCCACAGCAGGGCCCUGCACUCUACGGGCAGCACCAGAAUCGUCUGCCAGCCCCAAGCAACGUGGCGGCCCAAAGGCCAGUGUCUUCUGGCAUCAACUUCGACAACCCCAGCGUGCAGAAAGCCUUGGACACCCUCAUCCAGAGUGGUCCUGCGCUCUCCCAUCUGGUGAGCCAGACGGUGGCCCAGGGGCGGGCGGGGGCCCCAGCCCAGCAACCCAUGGGCUCCUACCAGCGGCACUACUGAAGCUGAGCUGGAGCCCCCCCUUCCCCCCUCCCCCUGCAUUGCCAUACUCCUAGUUGUUUGAAGAGUCUCUUCCUGCCCCUGAUGCGGGCCCAUGUCCUGGCACAUGCAUGUCCUCUCUGCUGUGGGGAGCUCACACCAGCACCCUGGCUGCUGAGAGCUGCUGGUGCUGCCUUUGCUCUCCUUUCUUCUCUUCUCUUUGGCUCGGUUGGGUGCAUCUCCAGAG